ACAUUCGACUUUUGAAAUCCGCCUCGAACGCUUCGAAAAUUUGUAGCGAGUCGGACGUGUGUGUGGAGCUGCUGGCGUACGGUUUCUGUCUGUCUUGGUCUCAUCCCCCGUGUGUGUGGCUGUGCUUAGUGUGUGUAUAUUUGGAAGAAAUAAGUUUCCCCAAGAAGAAUCGUCGGCGUUGCGGUUUUUCUUUGUCUCCCUGCAAUCUUCGUGUGACCCCCGAAACGAAAGUGCGACUCGCCGUGCGGUAAAGAAGCAAUCCAGCCAAUACUCAGCCAAUCCAAUUUAAUCCGCACCCACGACAAAGAAAGCAACAUGAGCUGGCAAGAUUAUGUGGACAACCAACUCCUGGCCUCGCAGUGCGUGACCAAGGCGUGCAUCGCCGGCCACGACGGCAACAUUUGGGCGCAGUCUAAUGGCUUUGAGGUGACAAAAGAUGAGCUCUCCAAACUGAUCAGCGGCUUCGACCAGCAGGACGGGCUCACCAGCAACGGCGUAACACUUGCCGGCCAGCGGUACAUUUACCUCUCCGGCACAGACCGCGUAGUGCGUGCCAAGCUCGGCCGGAGCGGAGUGCACUGCAUGAAGACAACACAAGCCGUGAUCGUUUCCAUCUACGAGGAUCCCGUUCAGCCCCAGCAGGCCGCUUCCGUCGUAGAAAAACUUGGAGAUUAUCUGAUUACUUGCGGGUACUAGGAGAAUAAAUCAACACAAACACCCCAUCAACCACAACACACACACACCAACCACUACAACAGCAGCAACAAAUUUGAUAAGGGAAAACCGUAAAUGAACUAAUAACACAUAAAAAGUAAUUAUUAAUAUUUAAAUUUAUGAAAAAACCAACGGCCAAGAAAAAUUUGCGGUUUUUUGUGUGUAACAGAAGAAAUGGAACGAGUAAAAACGCAUAUGCUUGAAAAAUGUCAAAAAACGCAAAUAAUUACCCAACUACAACAAAAUUAUAAAUUUCUGCAUUAUUAUAUUUAAAACUUUUUGGUUUAUACGAUAAAAAUAAAAAGAAACAAAACUAUAAAA